AUGUCGAACCGCUGUUUUAUUCUCGCCAAUCCACCUGUUUCGUCUGUCGAAUUUGGGGAAGGCGAAAAUGCCACUUUCAAGCUAGUCACCAAGCCGAUGCCUGUUCCAGAAAAAGGCCAGGCUUUGGUGAGGAAUAUAUAUUUUUCCAACGACCCGACGCAAAGAGCUUGGAUCCAAAAAGGAAUCCGGCCCGACCGUAUGUACGUGGAGCCUGUUAAGCAGGGCCAGAUCAUGCGUUCUGUGGGAUUGGCCCAGGUGGUGGAACUGAAAAACCCCAACUUGGUUCCAGGCGAUAUUGUCAAUGCAACUGUGCAGUGGGCCGAGUAUCUGCUUGUCAAUGAUGCAUCUAUAUUCAGCAAAAUCACAGACAAGAGGCUCCCGCUUCCGUUGUACUUGGACGUUUUGGGAACCACUGGGCUCACUGCAUACUUUGGUCUUCUCAAUGUGGCCGAUUUGAAGAAAUCAGACACGCUUGUAAUUUCGGCAGCACUGGGUGCUACAGGAAGCAUGUGUGUUCAGAUCGCCAAGAACAUCAUUGGGUGCAAAGUUGUGGGCAUUUCUGGCGGACAAGAAAAAUGUGCCUUUGUUAAGCUGCUUGGUGCAGACGAAUGUGUUGAUUAUAAGUCACCGACAUUUGCAAAAGACAUGAAAAAGGCUUUAGACGGCAAGUUCUGUGACGUGUUUUUCGAUGGUGUCGGGGGGAAAAUUUUGGACGUCAUGCUCACAUUUGUCAAGCCGUUUGGCCAAGUAAUUGCUUGUGGGGCAAUUGCAGGAUACAAUAAUCCAAAAAAUGGUCUUUUGGGCAACUGGGGCCAAAUUAUCACCAAUCGACUCAAUGUCAAGGGCUUCAUUGUACUUGAUUUCCAAAAGGAGUAUCCGAAGGCAAUGGCGGAACUAGGCAAGUGGAUUCGUGAGGGAAAGAUCAAAUACGACCCUCCGACAUACACUUUGAUGGACUUGAGCAAAAAGAAUGAUGGCUUUACAUUGAUUCCAAAGACUUGGGGGCUUCUUUUCUCCGACACAAAGGCACCUGGCAAGUUGCUUACGAAAUUGGCAGAGCCAAAGCUUUAG